AAAAGAAAAAGGUGAAUUGGGUAAAUCUGGGUUUGGGGAAACUUUUUGAAGAAAAAGGUUUAUAAUUGGAGGGUUUAAUAGGGGUAGAUGCUUAAGUGUUGAUUUUGCAGGAUCUAAUCAUCUCUUCUACCUCCGUCGCGGCGCGCAUCGAGUUUUCUUUUCUAGGUGCGGGCAAAAAACUCAGGCUGGAUAAGAUGCUGGGGAAUAUUUUGUAGUGUGGGUGCAGAUGCAUUUUUUACAAAUGCAAAAGUAUUAAGUGAGAUUUUACAGCAGAAACAAAAGACUUCAUUCACUAGCAUAUGAAAGUGAGAAAUAUAAAGUUGGCAACAAGAAGUUCACAGUAACAGUAUGGUGGUCUCCAGUACAAAUCCCCACAGCAAGGAGAUAGCCAUCAGAAGGAGGAUUUCUAGCAUAUUUAAUAAACGUGAAGACGAUUUCCCAUCUUUGAGGGAAUAUAAUGAUUACUUGGAGGAAGUAGAGGACAUGACAUUUAACUUGAUUGAAGGAAUAGAUAUUUCAGCCAUUGAAGAAAAAAUUGCUAAAUACCAGGAAGAAAAUGCCGAACAAAUAAUGAUUAAUCGAGCUAGGAAGGCUGAAGAGUUGGCUGCAGCUCUGGCAGCAAGUAAGGGACAGCCUGCACUAACUGACAACGAUGUGGCCACAAACCAAAAUUCUCAAACAGGAUUUGGAGCUGUUCCACAGGGACAGUAUGCACCUACAUUUGCAGGAGGACAGCCAAGACCCACAGGCAUGGCUCCACAACCUUUACCACUUGGAGGAGGUGACAUGCUGGGCUUUGCAGGUGAUGAUGAGGAAUCAAAGAAGCUACGAGAUGAGAGAGGAGCAAGAGCUGGAGGAUGGAGUGUACAAAUAAGUCGGAAACGGGCACAUGAAGAAGCUCUUGGAAGCCUCUGGGUUUGUUAAGACAUUACUAAUAAUAUUCAUAACAAUGCUAAUUCCAGUGUCAUGAAAGCUAUUUUUUAUGCAUGGAUAUUUGAUGUAUAUGGUGUAGAAUGUAAGAUUUAUUGCAUUUUUGUUUCGUUUAACUAUAAUGAAUUAUGUUUCAAGA